UCCCUUAAAGAUCGUAUUACACGCUGAACAACCCCGAUUAAUACGCCGUGUACGCGUUCAGUUCAGACGGUCCAGACUUCCUCUCUUCAUAAAAUUCACAACUUGCCCCGUUUUUAUCCAACGGUUUUGAGAUUUCACCAUGCCAGAGACCACGACAUGGAAUAUUGGUCUGGUGAACCAUGCUUCUCGUUAUCUUACAGUAGAAACGUUUGGAUUUACGCUCAACGCGGAUGGAACAUCCCUUAGAAAGAAACAAAUGUGGGUAUUGGAGCAGGACAAUGAUGAAGGGGUCUACUUUAAGUGUCACUUAGGAAGAUAUCUCACAGCCGAUCCGAAGGGGAAAUUAUCGUGUGAAGCCACGGAACGCGAGCCCAACGCAAGAUUUACUAUAGUUACAAAAGAUGGCAAAUGGGCACUGAAGAGCUCGCAUAAUGCGUACUUCGGGGCAACAGGGGAUCAGCUGAAAUGUGUAGCGAAAAUUGGCAAGACUGAGCUAUGGACCGUGCAUCUUGCCAUGCACCCUCAAGUCAAUCUUAAAAGUGUCCUCAGAAAGCGCUAUGCUCACCUAGAUGAAGCGAGUCAAGAUAUCAAAGUUUCGGAGAUUAUUCCAUGGGGUGCUGAUGCGAUGGUGACACUAGAGUUUACUGAUGGUGCCUAUGCGAUCGUCGCCAGCAACGACAAGUACCUCAAGUCUAACGGCGACCUCAGUGACGAACUAACCGAUGAGUGUAAAUUCUCUAUUGAAUUCCAUCAAAAAAAUAUCGCAUUUAGAGAUCACAAAGGGAAGUACUUGACUGCCGUUGGAACUGGAAGAUUGCAGUGCAAGAAAGACACAGUUACCAAAGAUGAGUUGUACAUUCUUGAAGACAGUCAUCCACAGUGUUCCUUCAUUGGACACAAUGACAGACGCAUAUCAAUCAAACAGAGUAUGGAUGUAACAGCCAAUCAAGCAGAAAUGACAGAUACUGAAAUCUUCCAAGUGAUUUUCAACAAGGAGAAUAAUAAGGUGUCAUUCCUAAGUAACAACGAGAAGUACUGGUUGGCCAAUGGUAGUGUGGCAACAGCAUCCUCCAGUGAAAUCACACCCAAGGCUGAGUUUGAGCUGGAAUGGCAUGGCAACCAAAUCGCCUUCAAAGCCAACUCCGGCAAAUAUCUGUCUGCCAAAGCCAAUGGGCAACUUCUUGAUGGCACUGAUGAAGUCUCUGCCACAGGUUUAUUCACAGUUGAGCUUGUUAACCGACCACUUCUAGUCCUCCGUGGAGAAUUUGGGUUCGUUGGGUGCAAGGGUACCACCAACAGACUCGAGUGUAACCGUGCUGCCUAUGAUGUCUUCCGCAUGAAGGUUGAAAAUGGUUUCUACACCAUUUGCAACAAGAAGGGCAAAUACUGGCGCACAGAGGAAGAUGGAAGCAUUUCUGUGUCUGCUGAUGAAACUGGUGCAGAUAGGUUCCAAAUUGAAUUGAGAGGACGUAAYGGCCUAUGUAUCAAGUCCCCGAAUGGAUGCUACCUCAAAGGAGAGCAAAAUGGUACUUUUAAUGCCAAAGGAACUGAAGUUAAAGACACCGUCUGGGAGUACUAAAUUCCAAUUCUUCAAAAAUGCAGAGAUUUACCAACGUGAAAUAAUUGACAAUAUGCAAAAAUAUACUAGAACUUAAAUUUAAAUGAAAACAAUGCAUUUGUAAGGUAAAAUAUCAGUUGUAGUUAAGUAAUUUGUGAGACUCAUAAGUUUACAAACGUUGACAAUCUCUCGACCUAACUGAAAUUUAAGAAAUGUUCGACUGAGCUAUUAAUAAAGAGCUAAAAGGUUUCAA